GAUGAAAAUAAAAGUUCGUCUGUCGAGUGUUGUUGACACGCUUGUAAAAAGGCAACCGUUUCAAACUAGGAAAAUGGCACUCACCGAACUUGAAGAACUAAAAAAUCAUUUUAAAACACAUACUCGUGUCCGGGAAGUUACUGCCCAUUCGGCGAAAGUUCACACGGUUGAUUGGAAUUGCGAUGGAAGACGAUUAGCCUCGGGUUCCUUUGACAAAACGGUGUGCCUCUUCACUGUGGACAGCGACAGACUGGUUAAGGAACAGACGUUUUCUGGACACAAUGAUAGUGUUGACCAGUUAUGUUGGCAUGAAACCAAUCCUGAUUUACUCAGCACUGCCAGUGGUGACAAAACAAUGAGAGUUUGGGAUGCAAGAAUUAAAAAAAACAUUGCAACAGUUAACACCAAGGGAGAAAAUAUCAACAUUACCUGGUCACCUGAUGGUAAUUCCAUCGCCGUAGGCAAUAAAGAGGAUCUCGUCACUUUCAUUGAUGCCAGAACUUUCAAAAUAAGAAUGGAAAAUCAAUUCAAGUUUGAAGUUAAUGAAAUAGAAUGGAACAAGGCCAGCAACCUAUUUUUCUUAACGAGUGGGCAAGGCUGCAUCCACAUAUUAGAUUACCCAGAGCUGACGACGGUACACGUAACACAGGCUCACCCUGCCAACUGCAUUUGCAUCGAAUUCGAUCCGACUGGACGGUAUUUUGCCACUGGGUCAGCCGACGCCCUGGUCUCGCUGUGGGAUGCCGAUGAAAUCGCUUGUUUGCGCACUUUCUCGAGGUUGGACUGGCCAGUCCGCACCCUGAGUUUCAGUCACGAUGGAUCUAUGCUAGCGUCGGGGUCAGAAGACUUGUUGAUUGAUGUCAGCCAUGUAGGCACCGGUGAACGUGUUAUAGCCAUUCCAGUGGACACACCAACUUUCACAGUCGCCUGGCACCCACGCUCUCAUCUACUUGCCUACGCCUGCGACGAUAAAGAUGACGGAAAUCGAGAUGCUGGAACAGUGAAGCUCUUUGGUCUCUCUAACGAGUGAUGGCCCAGUGGAAUCGGUGGUUAAGCUUCACGUGUUUUAUACAGCGUUUUUUUUUUCUCUCUCCUUA